AUGGAGAUUACAAUCGCAGGGCUCCUAAGAAGUGAUGAGAUCAGGGGAGAAAUUCAGGAGAUAAAGAGGAGAUUUGUCCUCUCUCUGCAGUGCUCUAUGCCCAGGUCUCUGUGGCUGGGCUGCUCCAGCCUGGCGGACAGCAUGCCUUCGCUGCGAUGCCUGUAUAACCCAGGGACUGGCGCACUCACAGCUUUCCAGAAUUCCUCAGAGAGAGAAGACUGUAAUAAUGGCGAACCCCCUAGGAAGAUAAUACCAGAGAAGAAUUCACUUAGACAGACUUACAACAGCUGUGCCAGACUCUGCUUAAACCAAGAAACAGUAUGUCUAGCAAGCACUGCUAUGAAGACUGAAAAUUGUGUGGCCAAAACGAAACUUGCCAAUGGCACUUCCAGUAUGAUUGUGCCCAAGCAACGAAAACUCUCAGCAAGCUAUGAGAAGGAAAAGGAGCUGUGUGUCAAAUAUUUUGAGCAGUGGUCAGAGUCCGAUCAAGUGGAAUUUGUAGAACAUCUUAUAUCCCAAAUGUGUCAUUACCAACAUGGACACAUAAACUCAUAUCUUAAACCUAUGCUGCAGAGGGAUUUCAUAACUGCUCUGCCAGCUCGGGGUUUGGAUCACAUUGCUGAGAACAUUCUGUCAUACCUGGAUGCCAAAUCACUAUGUGCUGCUGAACUUGUAUGUAAGGAAUGGUACCGAGUGACAUCUGAUGGCAUGUUAUGGAAGAAGCUCAUUGAGAGAAUGGUCAGGACGGAUUCUCUGUGGAGAGGCCUGGCAGAACGAAGAGGAUGGGGACAGUAUUUAUUCAAAAACAAACCUCCUGAUGGGAACGCUCCUCCCAACUCCUUUUAUAGAGCACUUUAUCCUAAAAUUAUACAAGACAUUGAGACAAUAGAAUCUAACUGGAGAUGUGGAAGACAUAGUUUACAGAGAAUCCACUGCCGAAGUGAAACAAGCAAAGGAGUUUACUGUUUACAGUAUGAUGAUCAGAAGAUAGUAAGCGGCCUUCGAGACAACACAAUCAAGAUCUGGGAUAAAAGCACGCUGGAAUGCAAGCGAAUUCUCACAGGCCAUACGGGUUCUGUCCUGUGUCUCCAGUAUGAUGAGAGGGUGAUCAUAACUGGAUCAUCGGAUUCCACAGUCAGGGUAUGGGAUGUAAAUACAGGUGAAAUGCUAAACACCUUGAUUCACCAUUGUGAAGCAGUUCUGCACUUACGUUUCAAUAAUGGCAUGAUGGUGACCUGUUCCAAAGACCGUUCCAUUGCUGUAUGGGAUAUGGCCUCCCCAACUGACAUUACCCUCCGGAGGGUGCUAGUCGGACAUAGAGCUGCUGUCAACGUUGUAGACUUUGAUGACAAGUACAUCGUUUCUGCGUCUGGAGAUAGGACUAUAAAGGUAUGGAACACAAGUACUUGUGAGUUUGUAAGGACCUUAAAUGGACACAAACGUGGCAUUGCCUGUUUGCAGUACAGAGAUAGGCUGGUGGUGAGUGGCUCGUCUGACAACACUAUCAGAUUAUGGGACAUAGAAUGUGGUGCGUGUUUACGAGUGUUGGAAGGCCAUGAGGAACUGGUGCGCUGUAUUCGAUUUGAUAACAAGAGGAUAGUGAGUGGGGCCUAUGAUGGAAAAAUUAAAGUGUGGGAUCUUGUAGCUGCUUUGGACCCCCGUGCUCCUGCAGGGACGCUGUGUCUACGGACCCUUGUGGAGCAUUCUGGAAGAGUUUUCCGACUCCAGUUUGAUGAAUUCCAGAUUGUCAGUAGUUCACAUGAUGACACAAUCCUCAUCUGGGACUUCCUAAAUGAUCCAGCUGCCCAAGCUGAACCCCCCCGUUCCCCUUCUCGAACAUACACCUAUAUCUCCAGAUAA